AUGGGGCAAGAGGUGUCACAUCCUCGUCGUGUGAAUUAUAUACCAGAAAGUGUUAUAACAGAACUUCGAAAAAGUCGCCCCAAGCGAAUAGAAGAUUUUAAACCACUUAAUUCUGAACUUCUGUUGGCACCGUCAUACUUCGAACACUUUUUAGAGCGAAAGGAUAUGGUCACGACGAGACAAGACGCGCUCAUCAAGAAAAUCGAAAAGGUCGAGAGAAAGACAAAAAUGUGUUAUGCACUCGCCAAUGAGGCUCCUUCAAAAAUUAAACCAAUGAACAUCAUCCCACUCAAAGUAAACGACGCGUUGGGCUUACUCGAUGCUCUCCAACUCAAAAUCAAUCAACUUGAAAAAUCAUCAAACAUGUUGAAGGACUGUUUGAUGUUUUAUAAGAAGAGUUUCUCGCAGUGA